UAUCCAUCCAACCACGCCCAGCGUCUUCGCCAUCCACCUGCACGCAGACUCGAUGUAUGCCCAUCCCAUAAGCUCACGGUGAUGCUCUCCAGUCUCAGGCGGCUGGUCAGCAGCAAUGGAGCUGCAGUCGCAGGCGAUAGGCGCUCGCAGCAGUCGAUCUUGUCGUCCCCUCGGAGACGUCGCACAGCCUCGGAAGGGUUCCAGGAUACCUUCAGCGCCUUCGUCGAUGACUGGGCAGUAAUCGAGGCCGACUUGAUCUCACCAGAUCAAGCCGCUCUCCAUCACGGAGUAUCCAGAUCCAAUCUCCCCCAGGCACUAGAAAGGCUUGGGCAGGCAAUCGUGCAAGAGUCCCUGACUACUGAUGAGGUGGUUGACGGCUUGGGACCGUGCAUGGAGUAUCUUCUCAAGAAAGACAUCCUGGGCAUCAUCGUCCGGUCAGCGCUCGCAGAUCGGCCAGCUGGGGUUUUGAUUGAGGCAGUCAAAUUUUUUCAGACUCUAGUGGCUCACCUGGGAGAUCGUCUCCUCAGCCAACAGGCCGUCAACAAACCGCUCGUUAAGCUCAUCCGGCAUUGCGUCGGGGAUGAAGACGUCGAUUCGGCAUGGGGUCAGGACGCAGGCUUUGAUGUAGCUGAGGACAGGGAACCGCAGCGGAGAGGCAGCUCCGAGCAAGCUCGAUUAGAUGAGGCUCUUGUGGGUCUCAUGGCCUUUGUCGCCUCAAAGCUGCAUGGCUCUCAAGAGCUACUUCACAUCUUCUUUCACAACCGACUCAAGGAUUCGACACGGCGCAAAGGCAGGGAUGCUAUACCGAUAGCAAGAGGUCUUCAAGCCCACGAAGCGGAUCCGCAAGAUGUUCCUGCCUCUCCGCGUUCGGCUUCGUCGAUGUCGACCGUCAAGGCGGCGCAGUCUGAUGGGCCGGCUGCGAAACCGCUGCAGGAUGAUGUACACAGCCCAGCAAGCUCGUAUGACUUUCCCCUCUUCACGUAUCUACUGCGCUUCGUCCAUCUCGAAGGCGAUACCGGCCAGCUGGCUCGAGCUGGGCUCUCUGUCCUCGUGCAGAUUGCCCUAGAAGCUCCAUCAUCGCUGGACUCACGUUCCCCUGAACUUUCGAAUCAGGGAACGAGAUUCCCUGGAGAGCUCGGAAGCUCUGCAACAUCGGACUUGGCAGAAUACAUAGCGCAGUCCGACUUCGCAGAUGUCCUUGGAGCCUCACUUGGAGCCGUCUGGGGUCUUCUGCCCUCAAAGCUAGCCUUCGUCGAUCAAGAAGCGGCACCAGAGAAGCAUGGCAAUGCCGAAGGGGGCAUGAAGCUCGGUGCUGGACGAAGAGGCUCAGAACCUGCUGAAGCCGAGAUCGAACGGCUACGGCGUCUCAAUAUCGAUCAGAGCUCGGAUCCCAGGACCAUCGAUAGGCUAAAGCUCUUCAUCGACAUUCUUGACUUUGUACAGUACGAUGUCGUAGGUCGAGCCGCCCAGUGCUCUGGGUCAUCCCUUGAUAGACGAGUCAUGGCGUCGCACGAACUAGUGACUCGCCUAUCGGCGUCAAUUCGACAGUCGCUGCUUGAGAAUGUGCUCUCGUUGUCCAUGAUCGAAAGCGGUGACAGAGACGGCAGCGCGGUUGCCAUCAUGAGCUACCUUGAGGUCUUGUUGUCGGCCCUAGAUGAUCGGUAUGCUCUCUCGGACGACGUCAUGGGCUGGCUUGUCAGGCAAGACGAGCAUUAUCCCUCCAACGCUUCGAGCAACGCGCCGGCAAACGUGAUGUCCCGCCGGAAGUCAGCGGCUCUCCUUAAGCUAGAGAAGUCCAAAGCUGAAGAGGCGAUCUACGAUCCUCUCUUGCAUUACACUAUUAAGGACCUCAUCCUGGACCACAUUGCUCCUACAAUAAGUGAUGCGUCCGUCACGGCAGCUCUCGGCCUGGCACGGACCCUCUUCACUGAUCAUGGACGCUUUGCUCCCUAUGGCCUCGUCGAAAUCAUUGCUGACGAUGAGUCUACCGCAUUUCCUGUAUAUGUGCCACCAAUUAGAGCAGCAGGAGAUGAAGCCGCCAAGACAGAAUCAUUGUCUAGCCCCGAGCUGGAUAGGCUAUUGGACCAAGCAGACAGGCGCAACGGCAACGAGGCGAGAAUGACGCUGACGCAACACUUCAGGGAGCUCGACCUGUACCUGUCACUCUCUGCGGCACUCGGGGCAUCCGCAAGGGCAAAUGCCUUGCCUCCGCUCUCUGGCACGGGCUCUUGCUCAAGCAUUGGAUAUGCAAGGUACCUUCAAGAUGCAGAAGAUGCCCUGCUCCGCAACAGUAUGUACCUCUAUGGCUUGCAGUACGGGCUAACCCAUGGGCCAUCCGGCCAGACGAGUACAAAUGGUAGCCCCGUACCCACUCUUGACCUGCCCUACCCGGCCUUUCGGCAUCGCUUGGACCCCAGAGAGCCUCUGUUGCGCUCCAUACUGUCACGACUCAGACGCUUCUUCGAGCAGCCUCCCGACCUCAAUGUCGCUCUGACGGGGACGAUCACGGCUAUCGCUCUCUGUCCCUAUCGUAGCAUGGACAGCUGGCUCGCCUUUGAGCGUCUUAGCACUUCCGACUUCGGAGUGAAACAAGGUGACGAAGGCUACGACUGGAAAAAGGCCCCGCAAUUGAGGAAGUCCCCGGCAGAGGCUCAUGGAAGCAAGCUUCCGCAAGUCCCGAUCGUUCUAGAACUUCUUCACAGACUAGUCGAGCACGUCCAGAACUACCGUGCCGCCAUUAGCGACUUCGACACUUUCCUCGACGAGCGCCGUAAAGGCUUGCUCUUCGUUGAGAAUAUCACUGAGGCCUUGGCCGACACAGGACACGACGGCGACGACGACGAGGGGUUCUUCGCUCGAAGCUCGGCUGGUCCUUCUGCGCCGAAGAGCGAGAAGGCCAGAAUGAGGCUGUGGAAAAGUGUCGGCUGGAGCACCUUAGGUCAGACGGAGAUUGGCAACGUCCACGUUCUAGACGCCAGAGAGGUGAAGUUGCCUCCUCGACAGACAGAUGUAGCCUCGCAGCGAUCGCUGGAAUCAUCGCCUUCUACCUUUACCCGUCUCUUUGGUCGCUCGCCCGCUGCCAAGAGCAAAGCGAUGCGGAAGAGUGAACCUUCCACACCGCCUACAAAAGGAACAGAAGCAGCAGCAGCAGGAGACAAGGAGACGCAAGCUCUACCUUUUGCAGAACACUACCGUCAGACUGCAGCUAUCACGCUCCAGGCAUCCUUCGUACCGAUGCCUCAGGGUCCUUGGACCACAUCCCGAGCGUCCACCAGCGGCGACCUCAGGGUAGGAAAGCGUGAGUGGGGGCCACAGUCUUCGACGGCUCCUAGUGCCUCGUCGCCGUCGUUGGGGGAUGGGUCCGAUAGUGGCAUCAGUCUGGGCAAAAUUGAGAAGCGCACUCGCUUCCAGCUUCCCGAAAAAGAUGCCGAGCAGACCUCGAGCAAGGGCACACCCGUCAAGGAGCCCUCCGCUCCUCCCAUCGGCCUCUUUCCCUCUCCUUCUCAGGAGGAUCCCGACCCUUUUCCCCUUGCGCAGCUCGCCUAUCCCGGGUUGGACGAAGAUGAGGAUGAAGAGGCGCGUCGUACGCGCGGUCGAGUCACACUCAGCGACCUGCUUGACAAUGUCGUCGUCCUAGAGGAGUUCAUCAAGGAGCUGGCGGCGGUGCUCCAGAUGAGAAGGACGCUGGGAAUUGAUGCGGUGCGGAUGUUUGAGUGAGAGGAAAGAGGAGGAGGGUAAGAAGAGGAGAGAAGAAGAAGAGGGUAGGAGACGGAGGAAGAUUUUAGCGAGAUGUGGGAGAGGAGGAGAGUCCCGUUUUAUACCCAUCAGUUAUGUUUAAAAACAAUCGCCACCCAAUUGCCAUUGCUGUGAUUGCGCCAGAAGCACUCAUUCCCGCUGAU